AUGGCGUCUCAACAACAGAACGAACGAUCAAACAACGAUCGCCUUGCGUUGGCUCAGCUGCCCUUGGACACCGUCAUGAGCGGCUACACGCACUAUGAGCUAAACGAGAACCUCGAGAUCGAAAAGUGGCAUCGGCCAGCGGCUCUUGCAGCUCCGGCACCUGGGACGCUGCUGCCACCGAGCCCCGAAGAAAAUAUAGAGAGAAGCUUGGAGCUACGGGCCAGAUGGGAAGAGCAGCCCGAGGUUCCGACAGACAAGGUUCCCGACGAUCUUGCCGAAGCAGAACGCAAGUCAAUCCAGGUCUUGGGCUACCUGGAGCCGUCAGACCUGGACUGGCCGGCAAAGCUGCCGUCGCGCGCCCAGCUUGCGCGCAUGGCGCAGCGCAGGCCGAGGCCGAGGCCCAGCACCACGGCCGCAAAGGCGAGGGAACGUGGCGGGGCGGUGAGGCCGGAGCCGGUGUUUUGGGGCAACGGCCUGCGACGCGUCACGUUGGGCAAGGACUACAAGGCCAGUCGCAUGAUCAAAGCCAUACUUGAUGGCGCAAGGGCCAACGGAAAGGCUAGAGCGUUGAGGGGACCUAGGAGGUAAAGAAUGUCUGCUAUGGAGAGGAUGUCAUCAGGGAAAAGAUGAGGCGAAGGUUCAUGGUAGGCGUUUGGAUGGUCAAGGACUGAAGGCUACUUGGGAAGGGGACAGGAAGAUUUUGAUGGUCUACAUGGUAUGGAUGGAUAAGUCAACGUCUGAUGUCAUGGCUGUAAUUUUCCGUCAUUCAAUCCCCACAACGCAGUGAUUGAUAUUUCCCCCAGCUUGAUAGGAAAAGAUCGUCUGUUGAAAGGAUCGAAUUCUCAAAGAAGAUCGCAUUCUCUCAAUGGUCAAAUGGUUUGAGUAGACUUACGAAAGCAUUAACCCUGUUGGGAGGUUGUGGUUGUCAUCUUUCCAAUGAACUGACAAGCUGAGUGUCUGGCGGCGGAAGCGGGGCAGGGGCAAAUGGCAAAUCAUGAAGUCGGUC